AUGGGUGAAAAUAUGAACGAUCAACUAUAUAUUCCUCAAAUUGCAAACGAUCGAAAGCCAGAGAUUGGAAUGAAAUUUACGUCAAUAGAUGAUGCGUUUGAAUUCUACAAUCAAUAUGCACGUGAAGCUGGAUUUAGUGCAAGAAUAAGCAAUAGCAAAAGGAAUAAGAUAACAAAAGAAGUUGUUUGGAAACAAUUUGUUUGUUUUAAGGCUGGCCAAACUGAUGAAGCCCGUUCCAAAAACCGACCAUCCAGUGGUUGUCCGACUACGAUAAGAGCUCGUGGUGAAGUUAGAACUGAUUGUAAGGCAAAGAUUUCAAUUGUUAGGCAACAAAAUGGACCUGGCUGGUGUGUUAGUGUCUUCACUGAGGGUCAUAAUCAUGGACUUUCUACUCCUUCAAAGGUGCAUUUACUCCGAUCACAUCGUAGUGUUUCUGCCGCAAAGAAAGUGUUGACUCAACAUCUUUCAGAAGCUAACAUACCAACUUGUCAGCAAAUGCAACUAUUGGAAAUAGAGAGCGGUGGGCUUGAAAGUGUAGGUUGCACUGAAAGAGAUAUUAGAAAUUUUGAGAAAAAAUUAAGGGAUGAACAAAAGGGGAUUGAUGCUGAAACUCUGAUAGAAUUCUUUACAUCUGAGAAAGAGAAGAAUUCAGCAUUUUUCUUUGACUAUGAGACGUAUUCAGAUUCAGAUAAUACGUUCAAAAGAUGUUUUUGGGCGGAUUAUAAAUCAAGAAGGGCUUAUAGUGUAUUUGGUGAUGUCGUAGUAUUCGAUUCAACUUAUAACACUAACAAGUUUAUGGAAGCUAUGCCAACAGGUGCACCAAAAUCAAUUAUUACUGAUCAAGAUCCUGCUAUGACGAAAGCACUUGCACAAGUUUUGCCUGAAACAGUGCACCGUUAUUGUUUGUGGCAUAUAUUGAACAAAUUUCCUGAGAAGAUUUCCCCAGUGACUUUUCGAGAUCACUAUCGGAGCAUAAAGAAUGUUAUAAAAAAUUCUACAUCUCCAGAGGAAUUUGAGCAUGACUGGAAAGAUGUUAUUAGAUGUGCUAACUUGGAGGAAAAUAGUUGGAUAGUGUUGAUGUAUGAGUUAAGGCAUAAGUGGGUUCCGACAUAUUUCAGUAACGUAUUUUUUGCUGGGAUGUCGAGUAGUCAAAAAUCCGAGAGUUCACAUUCAUUUUUUAAAAAGUAUGUCUCCCAUAAAAACUCAUUGAUGCCAAAGGCAUAA